CACACACUUGAGACAACAUGAGGCCCAGCAGCUUCUUCGUCCUGGUGGUGUUCCUUAGCCUGGGGAUUCUGGUGGCACAGGCCAGUGUCACCAGAGUUCCUCCUAAAGGGCAAGGCACUGACAAAGGUCGUGUUCCGGUGAAAGGUCAAGAUCCAGUCAAAGCCAAAGUUCCCGCGUCCACUAAGCCUGGCUUCUGCCCCCACAUUCUGAUCCAGUGCGCCAUGCUAAACCCCCCGAACCGCUGUCUGAGCGACACCGAGUGCCCGGGGGCCAAGAAGUGCUGUAAGGGCCCUUGUGGGCUGGCCUGCUUGGAUCCCCAGUGAGCCAGGUGGAGCCUGUCCUUGCUGCACCUGGGAAGUCCCCAGGGCUGCUGGUCCCGGCCCCUGUCGCACGGCCCUCUCCCUCCCUGGGCAUUCCGCCUCCUGCUUAGGAUGCCCAAGUCUGGGCUUGGCUGCCUCUCUUCGUGACUUCGUAAUAAAUGAUGACUUUGUGCUCUGUUU